AUCUAGUUUUUGAUCAAAAUUUGUGAUUUACUGUGUUUGUUGAGAAGUUUUUGCUUCUUUUUUUAAUUCAUAACUAUAUUGCGAUAAUCUAAAAACCAUGGGCAUUGGACAGGACUUCACGAGUUUGAACAUUAUAUUCAUAAUAAGCGGUGGGGUACUAACUUUCGUGAUAUUGUUCAUAUUCGCCAAAAGGCAGAUCACUAGGUUUGCCCUUCGGUCCAGACGAGGACCUCACGUUCCUAUUGGAGCUGAUGCGAAAAAGUGUUUAAAGAAAGAAAUAGAGCGUCGCAUUGAAGCGGUGCCUCGCAUCGUGCAUGAACCUCGUCUGUUGAGCACGGAGCCUUCACACUACAUCCUAGAGCCGCAGCAACCGUACCAUUACAGGUUUAGAGCUGUAGAUGAUAUCAAAACACUAGAGGAAGAGAUAGCCAACCAAGAGCCAGGUCUCCGUCGCCACCCACGGGAGUCCCUCAGGGCGUUCCUGCUGUCGUCGCUGGCGGCGCCGCUGGACGGCUGCGGGCAGAAACUGGUGCAUCAGUUCUGUGACACGUACGAGUUCGCGAGACACCACCCCGGGGAGUUUGGCGAGGACGAGUACAGGGAGUACAGCAGGCUGCUGCUCAAGCUGUUGGAUGCGGCUCGCCUCCUAAAAAGCGUGGGUACGAGCCGCUCCCCGGGGCGCGGCGGGGCCCGGCGGGGCGCGGCCGGGCCCGGGGCGCGCGCGCCCGAGGCGGGCAAGCUGCGGCCCGCCCACAACAAGCUGCCGUCGGCGCUCCAUAAGCAUUAUACUGCUUUAGAGAACAUGCCGGCGGAGAGCAAACUGGAGGAGGAGGUGAUCCGCGUGGCGGUCGCACAGAGCGCAGCAGCCGCGGACGAGACCGCCGUGUGACGUCACACCACGCACGCCACCUUCUACUGAAGCGGGCGUGGUUAUAUUUUUUUACACACAUACAUACAUAUGUAUAGUCACGUCUAUAUCCCUUGCGGGUUAGACAGAGCCGACAAUCUUGAAAAGACUGAAUGGCCACGUUCAGCUAUUCGGCUUAAUGAUAGAAUUGAGAUUCAAAUAGUGACAGGUUGCUAGCCCAUCGCCUAAAGAAGAAUCCCAAGUUUGUAAGCCUAUCCCUUAGUCGCCUUUUACGACAUCCAUGGGAAAGAGAUGGAGUGGUCCUAUUCUUUUUUGUAUUGGUGCCGGGAAUCACACGGCACUGCCGGGAAUCACAUUUUUUUAAAUCAAACAAAUAAUUUCUAUCCAAAAGCCAUACUAGGUAAAGUGUGUUAGAAAUUGUAAUUGAAUGGACCAAUUGAGGGUCCUAUGUAUAAAGCCAGAAGAAGUAAGAGUUGGUGGCGCUAAAUUCGCGUGAGCGAAUCUGCGGACAAAAACUAGUGCAAGAUAGUAAUGAUGAUCUCAUUUAUUUUAUAUCCAACCCUAAUAGAGUAGUGCUAUUUUGCAUAUUGUAAAUAAAUGUUAUAGUACUAGAUAUAACGUUGUUUUAAAACUAUUGUAUCAAUAAGUUCAGCGGUUUAUUACAGUACAUGUUUAAAGUUAAACCAAAGUGCAUUUAUACUUUAUCCCAAGAUCAUCCCCAGUUCAUUUCCAUAUCUAAGUUUUACUUGUAGUGUGCUUUACCGUCUUCAACAGUUAUUCAUUAUUAUUUAAUGAAAAUUAUUAAUUUUAAAUGUAAUAAUGUGUUAAAGAGCUAUUUCACAUUUUAUUUGAAAUAAAUAAUUUUGUCUAAAAAGUCAAAAUUAUUUAUGAGGGCAGCACUGCGCCGUUGAAAAUGUGAUAAGGCUCUCAAAUAGGAGAGUUGUAAUAUAUUAAUAACUAUGUAAUCAAAUAAAACAUAUGAACUUAA